ACUCGACUACAGAACCGAUCACAACUCCAAGCCCAUUAACCGUCGUUCAAACCUCAACCGAUGCCAUGUCUUCAUCGACCAAGUCCUCAUCAACUUCUGAAGCAACUUUAGCUCCACCAGAGACAACAACCGAUGAGUACUCAACUGCUGAAAAUACAAGCCCAAAUAAAUUUGCAACUACAGGCAGUGAAGCCUCUACUGUUGUUCUAUCAACCACCACAGAACCACAGUCGACAUCUGCUCACACCCCUACAGCCCAAAGUGAGGUCCCAACAUCUGUCACCCCUGGACCUGUGUCCAUCAGUUCUUCCUUCACCUCUGAUCCAACAACUACUGAAAUGUUCCAGACAACUUCAGAGCUCAUGACAGACUCGACUACAGUACCGAUCAAAACUCCAAGUCCAUCCACCGUCGUUCAAACCUCGACCGAUGCCAUGUCUUCGUCGACAGAGUCCUCAUCAACUUCUGAAGCAACUUUAACUCCACCAGAGACAACAGCCGAUGAGUACUCGACUGCUGAAACUACAAGCCCCACAGCACUUGCAACUACAGGCAGUGAAGCCUCCACUAUUCUUCCAUCAACCACCACAGAACCACGGUCCACGUUUGUCAACACCCCUACAGCCCAAACUGAGACAACUUCAGAGCUCAUGACAGACUUGACUACAGUACCGAUCACAACUCCAAGUCCAUCCACCGUGGUUCAAACCUCAACUGAUGCCACGACUUCAUUGACCAAGUCCUCAUCAACUUCUGAAGCAACUUUGACUCCACCAGAGACAACAACGGAUGAGUACUCGACUGCUGAAUCUACAAGCCCCACAACACUUGCAAGUACAGGCAGUGAAGCCUCCACUCGUCUUCCAUCAACCACCACAGAACCACAGUCGACAUCUGCUCACACCCCUACAGCCCAAAGUGAGGUCCCAACAUCUGUCUCCAGCAGUUCUUCCUUCACCUCUGAUGCAACAACUACUGAAAUGUUCCAGACAACUUCUGAGGUCUUGACAGACUCGACUACAGAACCGAUCACAACUCCAAGUCCAUCCACCGUCUUCUACCUUCACCUCUGA